UGCAGCAGUAGCAGCAGCGACCGCCGACCGACAGCGGAUCACAUUCCAGUCCGAGCCGGGCAGCGCAGUGUAGUGGGUGCAACCGUUACUUUUGCAACUGCUACGUGUGCCUUGCUUUGAAGGAGCUGCUCCCUGUUUCCAGUGUAGCACUACUGAAACAUCUGAUCAAACAUGCGUGAGUGCAUCUCAGUUCACGUCGGCCAGGCCGGAGUCCAGAUCGGCAAUGCCUGCUGGGAGCUGUACUGCCUGGAGCAUGGCAUCCAGCCCGACGGCCAGAUGCCCUCCGACAAGACUGUCGGCGGUGGGGACGACAGCUUCAACACCUUCUUCAGCGAGACUGGCGCCGGCAAGCACGUCCCCAGGGCCGUGUUCAUCGACCUGGAGCCCACCGUCGUCGACGAGGUCCGAACUGGCACCUACCGGCAGCUGUUCCACCCGGAGCAGCUCAUCACCGGCAAGGAGGACGCCGCCAACAACUAUGCCCGCGGCCACUACACCAUCGGCAAGGAGAUUGUGGACAUCGUCUUGGACCGCGUCCGCAAGCUGGCUGACCAGUGCACCGGUCUGCAAGGAUUCCUGAUCUUCCACUCCUUUGGCGGCGGUACUGGCUCUGGAUUCACCUCCCUCCUCAUGGAACGCCUCUCUGUGGACUACGGCAAGAAGAGCAAACUGGAGUUUGCUGUCUACCCUGCUCCUCAGGUUUCUACUGCUGUGGUUGAACCUUACAACUCCAUCCUCACCACACACACCACUCUGGAGCACUCUGACUGUGCGUUCAUGGUCGACAAUGAAGCCAUCUAUGAUCUCUGCCGCCGCAACCUGGACAUUGACCGCCCAACUUACACCAACCUCAACCGCCUCAUCGGCCAGAUUGUCUCAUCCAUCACUGCCUCUCUGAGAUUCGAUGGUGCCCUCAACGUGGAUCUGACUGAGUUCCAGACCAACUUGGUCCCCUACCCCCGUAUCCACUUCCCUCUGGUUACUUAUGCCCCUGUUAUUUCUGCUGAGAAGGCUUACCAUGAACAGCUCUCUGUUGCGGAGAUGACCAAUGCCUGCUUUGAGCCCUCCAACCAGAUGGUCAAGUGCGAUCCUCGCCAUGGCAAGUACAUGGCUUGCUGUCUCCUGUACCGUGGUGAUGUCGUACCCAAGGAUGUGAAUGCUGCCAUUGCCAACAUCAAGACCAAGAAAGCCAUCCAGUUUGUUGAUUGGUGCCCAACUGGGUUCAAGGUGGGCAUCAACUACCAGCCCCCUACUGUUGUUCCUGGUGGUGAUCUGGCCAAGGUAGCCAGGGCAGUUUGCAUGCUGUCCAACACGACAGCGAUUGCUGAGGCAUGGGCGCGUCUCAAUCACAAGUUUGACCUGAUGUACGCCAAGAGAGCAUUUGUUCACUGGUAUGUCGGAGAGGGUAUGGAGGAAGGAGAAUUCUCAGAGGCUCGUGAAGACUUGGCCGCCUUAGAGAAGGAUUACGAGGAAGUCGGCAUGGACAGUGUUGAUGGUGAAGAAGGUGGCGAGGAGUAUUAAAGACUGUAAUGGAUAUACUCAUAACUAUUGUAUUUUAUUGGUUUGACAUGAGGUAUUAAACAAUAAGACCGAGUUGCCUU